CCUGGUACUUUGGAGACCCAGUGUUCAACAUGCUCUCUCAAGUGCAGGCCCCUCCAUUCCUUCUGCCACCACUGCUGCUACUGCUGAGUCUGUCGACCACAGGCUCAGAUCCUGUGCUCUGCUUCACCCAGUAUGAGGAAUCCUCCGGCAAGUGUCAAAACCUCCUGGGCGGAGGUGUCAGUGUUGAAAACUGCUGUCUCAAUACUGCUUAUGCAUUCCAGAAUCCAGGCAGCAAGCUCUGUCAGGCAUGCAGAUUACCACAAUGGUCACCGUGGUCUGCCUGGUCUGCCUGUUCUGUGAGCUGCACUGAGGGCUCACAGCUGAGGCAUCGGCGCUGCAUAGGCCGUGGUGGCCAGUGUCCUGAAAAGGUGGAGCCUGGGACUCUUGAGUGGCAGCUUCAGGCUUGUGAAGACAAGUCCUGCUGUCCUGAAAUGGGCGGUUGGUCCAACUGGGGCCCCUGGACGUCUUGCUCUGUCACCUGCUCCAGAGGAAUCCGAUCCCGUAGUCGCACAUGUGACCGCCCUGCCCCCAAGUGUGGAGGCCACUGCCCUGGAGGAGUAAAGGAGUCAGAGGCCUGUGACACCAAGAACGUGUGCCCAACACACGGAGGCUGGGCUGCUUGGACACCCUGGAGUCCCUGCUCCAUCUCCUGCCACGGGGGAGCACAGGAACCUCUGCAGAGACGAAGCCGCACCUGUUCUGCACCUGAGCCCUCCAAACAGCCCCCAGGGGAGCCUUGCCCAGGACCGGUCUAUGAACAGCGGACAUGCCGUGGCCUGCCACCCUGUCCAGUGGCUGGAGGCUGGGGCCCAUGGAGUUCUAUGAGCCCAUGCCCUGUGACCUGUGGUUUAGGCCGGAUUCAGGAAAACCGGAAAUGUGAUCACCCUUCACCCCAGUAUGGAGGCCCUGCAUGUACUGGUGAUGCAACACGGACCCAUAUCUGCAACAUGGCCAUACCCUGCCCUGUGGAUGGAGAAUGGGGGCCCUGGGGGCAGUGGAGCACCUGUAACCGACCAGGCACAAACAUCAUCAUCAACUGUCAGGAAAUCCAGGGCCAGCAAAUACGCUCAAGGAGCUGCAAGGGCCGCAAGUUUGAUGGUCGGAGAUGUGUGGGGAUGCAGCAGAAUAUCCGGAACUGCUACAAUAUCCAGAACUGUGAAUUGAAAGGCUCGUGGUUGGAAUGGAGUACUUGGGGUUUGUGCAUACCCCCUUGUGGACCCAAUCCCAUCCGCAGCCGGAAGCGCAUCUGCUCAGCUUUGCUCCCUAAAUUCACGACCACCAUUACUGCAGUUGAAGGUGAGGAUAAGAAGAACAUAACCUUCUGGGGAAGACCACAGGCACAGUGUGAAAUGCUGCAGGGGCGGAAGAUGGAAGUGGAGGAGAAACGGCCAUGUCUAAACGUACCUACUUGCAAGGACCCCGAGGAUGAGACGCUGUAAUACCUCUCUUCCAUUCUGAACCCCCUGACCUCCCAUAAAUCAAUAAAUCCACCUCUUCUACAGAAGUAGGACUUUGGUACCUUCUGGGGCAAAGGGCAUGGCAAAGGCAAAAUUUCAUUGACAUUAUUUUCCAUUGUGGCCCCAAUCUUGCUGGCAUAAAGGUGAUGAUCCAGCUUUGCCAAUUCCUACGCAGCUGUAUUCAGCACAUUGCUCUGCAGAGCUCUGUGUUACAGUUUUUCUGAUUGGCUGUUUGCCCUAGCAGGCACUUUAUGAUUGGCUAAUGUGUUUGUUUAUCCAUCUCUCCACUUCCCAAAGCUCUCUAUGUUCCACCCCCUGGAGCUUCUAGGCUUUUGCAUUUCACUUCAGUCCAGCUUUGAAUGGCAGCGGAGGAGCGGCUGCGUUUGGCAAUCUGCCACACUUGCACCUGCAUCCACCCACUCUCAACAAUCCAGCUCCAAUGCCAUAAUUAGUGACAACAAAUAACUCCAAGA